AUGGAGGUCGUAUUCGCCCUGGGCUCCAACGGCUCUGGGCAGCUCGGAAUUGGCCACAAGGAAGACGUCUCCGUGCCGAAGCAGGUCCUCUUCCACCCAGAACCCCCAGCCUCCCCCAUUACAAAGGUCGCAGCCGGGGGUAACCACACGCUGCUCCUCAGCAAGUCUGGCGAGCUGUACUGGAGCGGCGACUCGACGCCCGGGGCUUGCGGCUUGACUUCGGUUCCCGAUGUCCCAGUUUUCCAGCAGAUUCGACUCUCUAAUGAGGGUGGGCCCCAGGUUGGCGAGAUUGACUUGAUCGCGGCGACGUGGGAAGCUUCUAUCAUCGUCGCCAAAGAUUCAGAUGGCAAGAAUACAAAGGUUUUUACCUUUGGUGCUGGUAUGAAGGGUGAACUCGGUCUGGGCGAGCUCAUUGUACGCACACCAUCAGCUACUCAGAUCAAAGAGUUUCCUCCCUCGGGUACAGAAGUGGUUGACUUGGCUGCUUGCAUGGGUCACGUCGUCGUGGUACUCAGCAAUGGCGAUGCCUAUGGUUGGGGUAAUGGAAGAAAGGCCCAAGCUGGCAGUCCUGGACAGGUCCUUCAUGCUCCUCGAAAGAUCGAAGACGUUGGCUUCAAGGUUGCUCGAGCUGUUUGCGGCAGGGAAUUCACCUGCCUAUUCGGCGAGCCACAGAGUGGAAACAUCAAGGUGCUCGGUUCAGACAAAUGGGGCAUUCAGUCGAACGCGCCCCAGUCUUGUCCUGAGUGGAAGGACGUAGGAGCAAGCUGGGGAAAUAUCUAUGUUUUGACCAAGGACGGCUCCCUACAAAGCUGGGGACGGGAUGAUCACGGACAACUACCACCCCCAAAUCUCCCAGAGCUGAGCAAAGUCGCAAUUGGAAGUGAACACGUUGUUGCACUCUCGACUAAAGGAGAUGUCCUCUCAUGGGGUUGGGGUGAACACGGCAACUGCGGGCCUCAAGUUGAGGAUAAUGAUGUCAAGGGUCGAUGGAACGUCAUUGCGUCGUCAAAAUUCAUCCCUUCUGGCUCCAAGAUAGGAGCAGUUGGGGCAGGCUGUGCCACCAGUUGGGUAUUCAUUACAUCUGAGUGA